AUGAGUGAAGAGAGACGAGAUGGAAAGCAACCAGAGGGUUCAGGAGAACCGGCUGUCCAGCAAAUCAACCUCAACCAAGUUCAAUUUGAGGCUAUGAUGGCUGAGAUAAGCAGAAGAAUGCAAAAUACUUACAACCUUGCACAACAAGCUAAUGAAAACUUACCUGGUGUUAAUGCAGGGCAAGAGAGGGAUGCGGGUGCUGCUGGAGCUCAGAGAGCACGCAUUGGACCUAUAAGAGGGCCACGAGUUGAGAUUGGGGGUCGUGGGGUUUAUGGAGAACAUUAUCAAGAAGAUUCAACUGAUGAAAGUGAUGAUGGAUCUCAGGCUAGUCAGCAUGGUAGAAACUACAACCGUAGGCGACCAGCUACUGAUAACCUAGGCAAUCUCAAGCUUAGAAUCCCUCCAUUCCAUGGGAAGAAUGAUCCUGAUGCUUACUUAGAGUGGGAGAAGAAGAUUGAACUGGUUUUCAAUUGCCAGCAGCUCACUGAGGAGAGAAAAGUGAGACUAGCAGCUACUGAAUUCUGUGGAUAUGCUAUUAGCUGGUGGGAUCAGAUUGCUACUACCAGGAGACGCAAUGGAGAGCCUCAAGUAGCUUCCUGGUUUGAGAUGAAAACUGUGAUGAAGAAGAGAUUUGUUCCUAAUCACUAUGGAAGAGAUCUACACCAGAAGUUGAGAAGGCUUUCUCAAGGGUCUAAGAGUGUAGAGGACUAUCACCAGGAGAUGGAAACACUCAUGUUAAAAGCUGAUUUAGAAGAAGGUGUAGAAGCUACUAUGGCUAGAUUCCAAGGAGGUCUUAACAGAGAUAUACAAGAUAGGUUGGAGCUACAAGAGUAUGAGGACAUGGAUGAACUGCUACAUAAGGCUAUUUUGAUUGAGCAGCAGAACAAGAGGAAGAGCUCUACCCGGUCUUCAUACACUCCUGCUUCAAAACCGGCCUACUCCAAGGAAGAUAAGCCAGGGGAUAAGUCCAAGGACGGUUCUUCUUCAGUAGAGACCAAGAGAGAUGACAAGGGUAAAGGAGUAGCCACAUCUACUAAGACCAGGAACAUUAAGUGUUUCAAGUGUCAUGGCUUUGGUCACUAUGCUAAUGAGUGCACCAACAAGAAGGUGAUGACUAUCUUAGCCAACGGGGAGGUGAUAUCUGAAGAGGAGGACGCCGGCCAAGAGUCAGAUGAGGAAGGCGUGGAGUACCCUGUCCGUGGAGAGCUACUAGUCACCAGGAGACUUCUCAAUGCUCAACCUAAAGCCAAAGAAGAUGAGCAAAGGGAAAACUUGUUCCACACCAUAUGUUUGGUUCAAGAAAAGGUUUGUAGCCUGAUCAUUGAUGGAGGCAGCUGUACUAAUGUAGCAAGUGCUGAGUUGGUGGAGAAGUUGGGUCUUCAAGUGUUUAAACAUCCUAAACCAUAUCUCUUGCAAUGGAUCAAUGAUGAGGGUGGAUUAAAGAUCACCAAACAAGUGAAGGUCUUGCUAUCAGUGGGAAAGUACCAGGAUGAGAUCACUUGUGAUGUAGCACCCCUUGAAGCUAGCCACAUCCUUCUUGGUCGUCCAUGGCAGUAUGAUAAGAGAUCAGUACAUGAUGGCUUCACCAACAGAUACACUUUUAUCCAUAAGGAGAAACAAGUUACCCUGGCGCCAAUGACCCCUCAGGAGGUACACCAGGAUCAGAUGCAUCUCAAAAUGAAGAGAGGAGAGUCCAAGGCCGCCAGCAAGUCCUUGCUUCUUGAAGAGACCAGCCAGGUAAGUAAACUCAACCUCUUUGCUACUGCUAAAGAUAUCAAAACUGCUGUGAUUGAACAAUCAAAUUUGAUACUAGUGGUUUAUAAAGAAUUGUUGAGCUCUACUACUAACCCUGCUCCUGAGAUUCCAGAGGAGAUUGAGUGCCUUUUGCAGGAGUAUAGAGAUGUGUUCCCAGAGGACAAUCCAAUAGCAUACAGGACCAACCCUGUGGAAACCAAGGAGCUUCAGAAACAAGUCAAUGAGCUAAUGGAUAAGGGACAUAUCAGGGAGAGUUUGAGUCCUUGUGCUGUACCUGUCCUCUUGGUACCAAAAAAAGAUGGAAGCUGGAGGAUGUGUGUGGACUGCAGAGCCAUCAACAACAUAACAGUUAAGUACAGACACCCUAUUCCUCGCUUAGAUGAUAUGCUAGAUGAGUUACAUGUUUCAUGUUGUUGA